AGCAAACGGGUGUUCAGUGGCUGUGGGAACUGCAUGGCAACGGUUGCGGAGGGAUUGUCGGCGAUGAGAUGGGCUUAGGAAAGACCAUUCAAUUGAUUGCAUUCCUCUGCGGUCUCAGCUGUAGUCGGUUCCACGACUUUAGAGAUUCAUACAAUACUUUAGGACCAGUGAUACUUGUCUGUCCGGCCACUGUUAUGCACCAAUGGGUCGCAGAGUUCCAUAAAUGGUGGCCCUAUUUCCGAGUGGCUAUUCUUCACCAAACGGGCAGUCAUUCCGGCAAAAAGGAUACACUCAUCAGAGCCAUCAACAGAUCCAAUGGUAUUCUUAUCGCUUCGUACUCCGGAGUAUGUAGUCAUCAGAAGUUACUGUUGAAACACGACUGGCAUUACGUUAUCCUCGAUGAGGGCCAUAAGAUUCGUAACCCAGAGGCACAGGUGACCCACACGUGCAAACUGUUCGCCACUCCCCACCGGAUCAUACUAUCGGGUUCUCCCAUUCAGAACAAUCUGCGAGAGUUGUGGUCACUGUUUGACUUCAUAUACCCGGGAAAGUUGGGAACACUGCCA